UCCUCCCGCAGACACAGAUCUGACAGUAAGCGGAUUGAGUCUGGUCAGACAGCGAAACUAGCCGAGACACCGCUCAUGCUAGCGUUCACACACCCGUCUCUAACUGCAGAACGGUACUCUUUCCUCUUAAGCCACGAUGCUGGCCAUAUUUACUAAGAUCAAAGACCGCGUCGAGGCUUUUUUGAACGAGAAGAAUAUAGUCACUGACUGUCUUAAUUCAAUCGAAGAAAAAACAGGCAUCAAGAAACGUUAUUUAGCGCUCGGUGCUGUUGGUGUGACCGGAGCGUAUUUAUUAUUCGGAUACGGUGCUUCUCUGCUCUGUAAUCUGAUUGGUUUUGUUUAUCCUGCAUAUUACUCUAUCAAAGCCAUAGAAAGUCCUGAUAAGGAGGAUGACACUCAAUGGCUGACAUACUGGGUAAUCUACAGCUUCUUCAGCGUGGGUGAAUUCUUCGCUGACAUCUUUCUCCACUGGUUUCCUCUCUAUUAUGUCUGUAAGUGCUUGUUUCUGUUGUGGUGCAUGGCUCCGGUCUCCUGGAAUGGUUCUCAGGUUCUCUACAGGUAUGUGGUGCGCCCAUUUUUCCUGAAGCAUGAAGCCAGAGUAGACGAGAUCAGCGGGAAGGCCAUGUCAGCAGCUGAGAACGUCACGAGAGAGGUUCUUCACACUCUGGUGAGAAACCGGGCUGUUGGCCCUGCUGAGCCUGAAGCCAAAAGACUGCCCAGUUCUGCUUUUACUGAACCCACUGUUGAUUAAAUGGUGGCUAAAGUGAUCUGAGCAAGAGAUGCAGCAUCAUGUUGAAGAUAGUCUUCACAAUUUCAAUAAACUUUUAUAGCCAA